GAAACGAAGGCCGUGGACACGACCGCCAGAGACCCGGAGCCGGUGGUCGCCACCAAGUCGUCCAACAGGUCGGCGAACGCGAGGAAUGCCAACAAAGAGGCGCAGGCGGCCGCUCAACAGCAACCGCCGGCCCCACCGGUGCCGCCGCAGCAACACAUGCCUCAACCGGCACAGCCAUCGCAGCCAACGAUCACUCAAUUACAUCCACAGCAGCCAACGAUCGUCACGAACAACAAUCAUCACCCGAUGCCAGUCAACCAGACACCCGGUGGUCCGACGCACGUACUACAGGCCGGCACUAACAUAGUGUUGGGCCCGUCGGGCAUCAACUACACCACCGCCGCCGCUCAAGGAGAUGGCGCGGACAGUCAGAGGAAUCCAUUGGCGACGAACGCCGGGCCCAAAGUGGUGCUCCUCCAGGGCUCAAACGGCCCGCAAUAUAUUGUGUCCGGACAUCCGGGUCAACCACUAAAUAUACCGCAAGAGUUUCUAAAUCACAUUCAGUUCCAGUCGUCGCCCGUCAUUACGCAGAGCCAGCCCUCUGUCCUCCAUCACACCAGUAGUCAGUAUUUGAUUAUCUCAUUGAUUGUGAUCACCGAUUGGUUCCAUGGAUUGGUUACGUUAACUUAACUCCAAAUACUACUAUACAAUACGCGGCGGCGCCGGGAGUGGCGAACAGGCAGUCGCCGCAGACCCUACCGACCGGUGCUAUCGUGCGUCCGGCGGCUCCGGGAACCGCGGCCAACCGAGUGGUCCAAUUGGACGGCGCGAACGAUACCAGCGAUGAGGACGACGAUGACGACGACGGCUAUAGGGAUAGGGAUGACGACGACCACGAAGACAACGACGAAGAGGUCAAUGACGACGAUAAUGAUGGACAGGGAGAGGAUGAGGUAC